UCCACACGAAAGAGAGAGGCUGCGCAUUGUGUUUGUUGAUUUGUUUGUAUAAAUAGUCUAGUGUCGGUGCCGCUGUUGCCUGCAUAUUAUGUUUAGCAAAUACGGCUGCAUUGAACUCAGCUGAUCAGAUAAAUAGCGAUGGCUCCAGCGUGCCCGUGCUCGUGCAUGUGUGUUUGAUGUGAGUCCUUCAGCACGCGCACGGCGGAUGUGUUUCUGCUCGGUCAGUCUGUGUGGAAACGGGCACGGUAUGUCGAUUUGGAUCUAAUUUAACCGGUGGAAAUGUGAUAAAACGAUCAAGAGGUAAAGCUGUGUGUUUAAACGACAUCGAUGGACGAUCGUGACUCGACGUCCCACACCAAAGGCUUUAAAAGUGCACGUCACCGGCGGGACACAGACACUACAGAUGCAGACGGCAUGUGGCUUCAUUGUGCCCUGCGCAGGGUAAUCAAAGGUCGGCAGCAUGGGAAAAUGGAUAGUAUAAUUCAGCGAGGCCAUCAGAACGCAUCUGUGAUUCGGCUGCUGUGAAAGGAUGGCGCAGCAGCGGAUGAGACACAUUGUUCUGGUGUGUCAUCAGCCUUCAGCUGCAGACGGGGGGAUUGUGGGACGUGAUUGAAUGGUCAAACCUAUGGCAGAGCAGCGUGACACAGGUCCCUUUGUGUGAAUCUACCAUGGACCCCGUGCUCUGUCAGAUGCUGGUCCUGGGUAUGGCUGUAAUGAUGGCCCGUGCGUGCCCCAAGUACUGCAUGUGCCAAAACCUCUCAGAGUCACUGGGGACCCUGUGCCCGGCUAAGGGCCUGCUCUUUGUGCCACCUGACAUAGAUCGCAGCACUGUGGAGCUCCGCUUGGGGGGAAACUACAUCCUUCGAAUCACACAACAGGACUUUGCCAACAUGACAGACUUGGUGGACCUUACACUCUCACGCAACACAAUAAGCUACAUCCAGCCCUUUUCCUUUGGCGACCUGGAGACCCUCCGUUCCCUUCAUAUGGACAACAACCGUUUGGUAGAGUUGGGCCCCAAUGACCUGCGAGGGAUGGUCAGCCUGCAGCAUCUCAUCCUCAAUAACAACCAACUGGGUCGCAUCUCCGAGAAGGCGUUUGAAGACCUCGCGGCAUCACUCGAGGAUUUGGACUUGUCCUACAACAACCUGCAGGCUCUGCCCUGGCAUUCAGUCCGGCAGAUGAUCAACCUGCACCAGCUGAGUCUGGACCACAAUUUGUUGGACUACAUUCCCGAGGGGACCUUCGUGGAUCUGGAGAGGCUGGCCCGCUUGGACCUGACCUCUAAUCGGCUCCAGAAGCUUCCGCCGGACCCUAUCUUUGCCAGAGCGCAGGAUUCUGAGGUGAUGACUACGCCAUUCACCCCUCAGCUCUCACUCAGCAUAGGAGGAAACCCGCUUCACUGCAACUGCGAAUUGCUUUGGUUCCGGCGUCUGGAGCGAGACGACGACCUGGAGACUUGUGCCUCGCCUCCUGGCCUGAAGGGCCGCUACUUCUGGAACGUUCGGGAGGACGAGUUUUUGUGCGAACAGCCACUGAUUACUCAGCACACCCACAGGAUGCUGGUUCUGGAGGGGCAGACUGCCAGUCUUCGGUGCGAAGCCAUUGGAGAUCCCAUCCCAACCAUACACUGGGUCACCCCAGACGAUCGCUUGCUUGGCAAUUCCUCUCGCACCGUGGUGUACCGCAACGGGACCCUAGAGAUCUUGAUCACCACUUCAAAGGACUACGGGACCUUCACUUGCAUUGCGGCCAAUCUGGCUGGUGAAUCAACCGCUUCAGUGGAGCUGUCAAUUAUUCAGCUACCCCACAUAAGCAAUGUCACAGGCCAGGCGUCGCAACCCAAGUCCCGCCUGUCGGACAUUACCGGCAGCUCCAGGACCAGUAAAGGCACUCCCAAGAGCCAGCCGGAGAAAGCGGUAUCUGUUUCUGAGGUGACUGCUGUGUCUGCUUUGGUCAGGUGGACCGUCAGCAAGACAGCUCCCAAAGUGAAAAUGUUCCAGCUACAAUACAACUGCUCAGAAGAUGAAGUCCUCAUCUACAGGAUGAUUCCUCCCUCCAGUAAGGCCUUCCAUGUCACCAACCUGGUAUCUGGGACUCUGUAUGACCUGUGUGUGCUGGCCGCCUGGGACGACUCUGCCACUACGCUCACUGCCACUAACGUGGUGGGCUGCGUGCAGUUCUACACCCGGGACGAGUACCCACAGUGCCAGUCUCUGCACGGGCAGCUGCUGGGCGGCACCAUGAUCCUGGUGGUGGGUGGAGUGAUCGUGGCCACGCUGCUGGUGUUUAUCGUCAUCCUGAUGGUGCGCUACAAGGCGGGGGAUGGCGGAGGGGGCGGAGAAACCCCCGUCAGCAAGCUGAGCAACGUCAGUGAAACAUACUCUCAAACCAAUGGAGGGAGGCUGGGGCAGAACGGAGUGCCUCUGCUGGCUUCCAAGCCCAGAGUCAGCAUGCAGGACGAAGUGGUUGAAUUCAAGUGUGGUUCGCUCCAGAGCAGCUCGUCCUCUUCCUCCUCCUCUUCCUCCUCAGGUUCAGCAGAUCCCACGUCCUACAGCCCCAACAGUGCCCUCGCCAACAUCUGGAGGUCCGCGCCUCCCAAGCCCCGCACCAACUUAGACCAGCUUCUAGGGGCCUUUACGUCGCUGGAGCUUCGGGGCCAGGCCAAGGAGCCACGUCCGUCCGGAGGCCCGGCGAACGCAGCUACCGCUUCGGCCCCGUCGGGCCAGACGGACAAGGAGCCUCUGCUGGGCCGGACGCUGGACUCGCGGCUUAGCAAGUUGCUUAUGUUGCCUCUGGACUCCAAACCGAAGAGGAGCCAUUCGUUCGACAUGGGCGACUUCACGGUGUCCACGGCGCAGCAGCUGUGCUCGUACCCACGCCGGAUCAGCAGCAUCUGGACCAAACGCAGCCUGUCGGUUAACGGCAUGCUGCUGCAGUGCGAUGAGGAAGGGGACAGCAGCGGGAGCAAAGGCACCAUCGAGAGCUCUGAGUGGGUUAUGGAGAGUACUGUAUAGGGGCCGAAACCUACAGGAACAUACAGGACAUUAUAUACUCCAUCCUGCAUGACUCUGAAUAUGUUUUUUUAUUAUUGUUAAUCGCCUUGCCAUAUCCAGUACAGAUGCAGCAUUCAGGGGGUGAAUUCACAAAAUGAUUGUGCCACUCCAGAUGCAGUAUUUCAGCACAAAAACCUGUCAAGUCUUUGACUUUUGACAUUGACUUGGUCUUGCACUAAUCAGUUGUUCCACAAGGUGGCAACACUGAUCCGGGUCAUUGUUUUACAAAUGAACCUAAAGAGACAGAACAACACCAUAGUGAAGACUGCAACAACAACAGAUGGCAGCGCUGACGAGCGCUUGUGUGAGGGUGUUAUGAGAGAGCAGCAACUUCAGUUUAAAAGAGUAAAAAUAUAUUUUUAUCAGUCAUCACUUCUGUAGAAAAAUAGAAAAAGAGGAGACACCGGACUAAGAUGAACCUUUCUAGAGAACAUGCGCACGCAUACAAAAACUAGGUUUACUUUGGGCUUUACUGUUGCACCAUCACUGCAUCCAGAUGUUCAUUCAGAAGAGAUGGUUUUCUGUUGCAGCAGUCAUUUAUCGAAUGCAAAAGAGCAUUAUAACCAGCAGUAUAUGCAGACACGCAGUGCAGGUGUCUGGAUUGCAGUGGUGGACAGAUGAGUCACAGGAAAGUUUGUCAGAUCAUGGUGGUCUGCUGUUGUUGAGCACCAGUAAGCUUAGUUUUUGUUGUGUGCUCCACAACGCUGAUACUCAGACGGUGACUUUUUGGCCAAAUGAGCCUGUUGAAUUGGUUUCUGUCCGCAUUGGCGCUGUCAGUGAGAGACAGAACUCUGAUUGGCUGUUCGGCUUGGUGAAAAAAUCAAUGCAGAGGAAUAAAAGUGAAAGUCAUCAAAAGAAAGAAAGAAGUCAGGACUAAUUUUAUGUCAUCUUAUCUGUGCAUUUCAGUACGCAAACACUUUCAUAACAGCAUGAGCCGGAAUAAAGAAAGCGAUUAACAUUAUUCAUAUUCAAAAUGGUAAGCACGUACAGCUUUGUUUAUGGUUUGUAAAUAUGCAGUUUCCCUUUUUGAAUGAUGAAUAUAGACUAUUGAUACCUGUUGGUAUAGACAGUUAUUUCCUCUCACACAGACACAGACUGUACCUGAUAGCUGGCCGUUGGCUGUAUUUUAUGCGGUGUGUUCAAGCUCAACUUUUUUAGCCCCGACAAACACGACGUGAGUCAACAACACAGUCAGCUUUAGUUGCCGCUAGGUCUUUAAUGUCGGUUUGGUGUGUCACGGCCUUUACGUGAUCAGCAUAACUCCUAAACCUGCACAGGCGACACAUCAGUGUUUGCGAUUCAUUCUUUGUGAAUUCCCCCUCAGUCUGCUGUGCUGACUCAUUGGUGUGAGACGUGUGUGUGUGUGUGUGUCUGUGUCUUAUUUGUGUCUGAAUCAGACAGGUUUAGAAUGAAUGUGGAAGAACUGUGGGAUAAACUCUUGUGCUACUGCAGAUUUUCAAGCCUGGUGUGGGAAUUGAGGCACAUAGACAGAGGAAAUUGUAGCAAAUUGCCAUGCCAACAGAUUCCCUGAAGAACAUCAUAAAGACUCUGUGAAUAUCUUAAUGUGUGACACUGUUUAUAUGUGUAAUGAAUUUAAAAAAUUCUAUAUUUUUUAUCUUGUUGGUCAAACAUUUCUCUUUCUUGAAGAAAGAGAAUUCCUGAACCUUCACAGCUCUUAUCUCACUCCCUCCCAGUUCUCGUUUACUCGUUUUGGAGAAAUCAUGUGUGCGGUUUCAAUGAAUCCUUCUGAUAUUUGAAGCUGGCUGUUUACGUGUGAUGUUUUUUCUAUAUUCCUGUAAUCACAAAGAAGAUGGAAAGACAUAAGACAUUAGUAAUGAAAAAUGGCUGUGUGAAAAUAUGUUGAAACAUGUCUUCUGUGUUAUUUUAAGUCACUUAAUAAUGAAAUUCAACUAUUUUGUGUGAUUUAAAACAAAAGGCCAGUCCAGUGCUUCUCAUACAGGGGCUGGUGUCCACUAGAGGGCCUCAGCUGAAAUUUAAAUUAAAAAUCUAAAAAUCUAAAUUAAAAUGCUUUAAAAAACUGUAUUUGGGUUUUCUGCCUCAAUAACUACAUAAAGUCUUUUGAAUAUUGAGUUGGACAACAGGGGACUGUACAUUGAGAACCACUGGCCUAUUUCAUCUUAACAAAGACAAAUGAAGGAAUCAGUGAGCAUCAAAAUA